AUGGGCAACCUCUGCAGCAGCGAGCGCGACCCCUUCUCGCAACCCGGCCGCCCGCUCGGCACCACACCACCCGCACCCACCUCGGCCUCCGUGCCCGCCGCCGCCAAAGCGCCCCGGAAGGUAGGCGGCCCACCCCGGACCCUAGGCGGCAGCACCACCGGGUCCGGAUCAACAUCAACAACCGCAGCCGCAGACGACGCCAGAGCACGCGCAGCUGCCGCAGCCGAGGAACGCCUCCAAAAGAGCAAGCAAGGCGGCGGCAAGCUCAAGGCCCAGCUGGACCAGCGGCGCGGCAUGACCGACGCCGAGGCGCUCCGGCAGGCCAGCGAGACGGAGCAGCGGCAGCGGGCGGUGGAUCAGAGCACCCAGGCUUUGAGUCAUAGUUGAUGUGGUGGUUAUGAGGAUGAUGAUGAUGGGGGUGAUGAUGAUGAUGAUGAUGUGUGGGUGGUUGGUGUUGGAUGAG